AAAAGAUUAAUUAAUUAAUUUUCAUAAGCGGAUUAAGUGCAAGUAUUGAAGAGAUUAUUUAUAUGUACAUGUAAGUUGUCAUCACCAAUGUAAUAUCAUCAUUAUCAUCAUCAUCGUCAAUUUCAUAACACAAGACAGGGUGAUACGAAACUUGUUUCUAUAAUAAUGGCUGCCACGCACUGGACUAUUUGGAUCUUGGUGCUUCAAGUGCUCGCCCACAGCGCACACUGCGACCACGAUGCACACAGUGACCACAACGACCACAUAGACCACCGCGACCACAUACACCAUAGUGCCCAAAAAGACUAUGUUGGCCACAGUUAUCACAACGAACAGGGUGAACACAAUGAGCAUGGGGACCAAAAAGCCCACAAUGCCUACAAGGACGACGGUGACAACGGAAACCAAAGCGAUCGCAACCCUGACAGCGACCACGACUCCAACAGUGACCGCGGCGAUCAAAAUAUUAAUGGCGAUCACAAUGAUCACGACCACAAUGACCCUGACGCUAACAGUGAUCACGGUGACCAUCCUACUAAUGACGAUCAGAAUGACGGCGGCAUACACAGUGCCCUCGGCAACCAUGGGAUCUACAGAGACCUCGGUGCUCGCGACGACCUUGGUGACCACGGCGAUCAUAGUGACCAAGAUGAUAACAGCGAACACAACGCCCAUGUCGAUCAUAGCGCAUUUAUCGAUGACAAUGUCCGCAACCCCCACGAUGCCCACAGCGUUCAAACUAGUCAAAAGGCGCGCUUCGUUGGGAGACUUGUGGAGAAGACAGAGCACAUUCUCGCGACUACUAGCAGCGGCGGCGUGCGGGGCCGGCUGGCACGCGACGGCAACUACUUUGCCUUCCUUGGCAUACCCUAUGCCGCAGCGCCCACGGGAUUGCUUCGAUUGAAGGCGCCGCGGCCACCGCCCGCGUGGAACGGCACCCUGGCGGCCGAGCGAGAGGUCGUCUGUCCCCAGCAAGGCGUUGGCGAAGAGGACUGCCUCGUAGUAAACGUUUUCGUUCCUAAAACUAAAGCGAAGCGUGCGCUUCCCGUCUUAGUAUACAUACACGGGGGCGCCUUUCGUUACGGCUCCGGACCUACCCGAGGCGUGGCGUCUAUAGUCCAGCAGGGCGUUAUGUUAGUGACCAUAAAUUAUCGCCUCGGCCCGCUGGGUUUCCUUUGCCUCGGAAUUGACGAGGCUCCGGGUAACGCGGGCCUGCAAGAUCAGUUGGCGGCCUUGAGAUGGGUAAAGACGAACAUAAAACACUUUGGUGGCGAUCCAAAUAGUAUAACCUUGUAUGGAACGGAUUCCGGAGCGGCGUGCGUCGAACUUUUAGUGCUUUCAAACGCGAGCGCAGAUUUGUUUUCAGGAGCCGUUAUCGAAUCCGGCUCUAGCAGCGCGACGUGGGCGAUCGACGACCGUCCCCUCUGCACCGCCAAAAACUUCGCGAAAGCAUUUUCCGUGUCCGAGUUGGAACAUCCGCAUAAAUUAUUGGAACUGUAUCAAGAUGUACCGGCGAGUCUGUUGACCAGAGUCAACGAAAAAUUCGCUAAUACCUUCACCGACGGCACGUACGGCUUCGCGCCGUGCGUGGAAAGGCCCUUCGAUGGCGUAGAAUCUAUUAUAACCAGUCCACCGUCGGAACUCAUGAAGAAAGAACGACUCAGUGACUCGCCUUUAUUGUUCAUAUUCGCUUCCUUGGAAGGUUUGUUUCUUAAAAGUAGAGAAUAUUACGCGUUAAAUUAUAUGAACAGAAUGGAAGCUAAUUUCGCGGAAUUUUUGCCUUCCGGCCUCAACUUCGAUAACGAAAUUAAAAGAAUCGAAAAAGCCGCGGAAGUGAGGCGUUUCUAUUUUGCAAACGAAACCGUAGAAAAUAACAAAUUGGCUUAUUUGUGGUAUUUCGGAGACAGCCAGGUGCUGCGAGCAGUAGUCGGCGCGGCGGAGACGCACGCGCGACGAGGACGCCACGUCUACCUCAUGGAGUUCGCGCACGGCGGCACGCUGGCCGCCCGCAGCGCAGACUCCGAGCGCGACCAGCUGUAUGCGAACGAGGCGGGCCACGGCAGCUUCAGUGCUCACGUUAUUUUGAACAAAACCGUACAAUCUGACAGCGCAGCGAUCAAUUGGCAAUGGACAGAGCGGCCACUCUCUUGUGUAGUUUCGUAAAAUAUGGAGAGCCGACACCAAACGUGACGCAGGUGGUACCGCUGCGCUGGCCGCGACUGCGUCCGCCACUCGUGCCCUACCUGCGCUUCGGUGACGACCUCCAGCUCCUCGAGGCGCCCUACAGCGAGAGGAUACAGUUUUGGAAACAAUUAUUUUACGAUUUCGGAAAAAAAAAAUCCAAUUAUGAAUCGUAUCUUUGCUAGAAAAAUAAUAACUUGA